AAAAAUGUAAGCCUACCUUUAUUACCUUUCUAGCACUACUGUAACUAGUACAACAAACAGCAGAAGUUCAUUCUCUCACAGUUCCGGAAGCUAGAAGUCUGAAACCAAGAUGUUGGCAGGGCCAUGCUCUCUCCAAAGGCUCUCGGGAAGAAUCCUUUCUUGUCUCUUCCAGCAUCUGGUGGCCCCAGGUGUUCCUUGGCUUAUGGUAAUCUAACCCCAAUUACCACCUUUACCUUAAUAUGGCUGUCCUCUCCCUGUGUGUCUCUUUGUGUUCUUUCUUUUUAUAAAGACACCAGUCAUUAGACUUAGGGCUGAUAGCAUUAUAGAUGGCACUUCCAUGAUGGCAUUGCUUUAACCUGAUAGCUUUGACACCAAAAAAGAGGAAAAAGGAGAAACGAUGGUUUAGCAUUCUGGAUUAAACCAGAUGAGCUCAUAUUAAACAACUGUAUCAGCAAAAACCAUAUUUCCAAAUAAAGUCAUAUUCUGAAGUUUCAGGUGGACAUGAAAUUUUAAGGGACAGGAUUCAACCUCUACAAUGACCUAAGCCAGCUCAAGUCAGUUAUCACAGAAUCCAAGGAAAAGCUAAACUGUCCACUUUUCAAAGUGUAGGAACCAGAUAGAUCCAUGGCUUUCAGUGGCAAAGGUUGAUCUUCAGUCUAGGGUCUAUCAAAUAUAUGACACAGCCAUGGAGGCAGCAUACUUCCCAUGAAAUACAGACAAGUGUUAUAAAAGUCUCCUUCUCCUCUGUAUGGCCACCACCUUGUUCAAUUUUGUGGAAUCUUAGUUAUCUGGGAAGGGAAUAAGUUUGGCCCAGCUUGGGUCUAGUAUUCCUGCUCUGAUUCAGUCAAGUCUGGCCAGGACUGUGGGUGAUAGGAUGGUGGGGGUGGUGAGGUCACAAUGCCUAUGAGCAGGAGCAGAUUCUGUGAGAAGGGGCUUGAGCAGAGCAGGCAUUUUGACCCACAUGUCAAUAUUAAAUGAUCCCAGCACAGUGCUUGGCACAAAGUAGAUGUUCCCAAAAUACUGUUGGAUGAAUUAUAAAUAAUGAUCUGAUCUUCCUUGGUUCUUUCCAAGUACUCCUGUUCCAUCUCUAGCACUUACUGUUUUUGUCCUGUUCUCAUGAAGCCAUAUCCCUUGUGUAGACCCUUGUUUGUCCUAUUCCAUAAGCUCCUGUUGCCCUUGGCACACAGUCACCCUUGUCUUUCUCUGCCAUCCACUCCCAGAACACCUUCCUGGUUUUUCCUUGCUACCUCAGACCCCCGUGGGUACUCUAGUCCAACAAGCCAUAGUACAUAGAAAGACAAUAAUGUGUUUUCAUACAAUCUCAUCUCAUUUUUUUUUUCUGCCCACAAACCUGAGAAGUAGGUAUUAUCAUCCCUAUUUUCAGAUAAGGACUUUGAGGCUUUUGAGGGUUAAAUUGUUAUGGACAAUGCGAGUAUGUAGGAGAGCUGGGACUUGAACUCAGAUCUUCUUACUCUAAGUUCUGUGUUCCUUUGAGGAAAGUACUCCUUGAUGAUAGCACUUUGGAUAGCACACCUGUGGUGGCAUUGCUUUGACCUGAUAGCUUUGACACCAAAAAGGAGGAAAACAGGAGAAAUGAUGGUUUAGCUUUACCUUUAGAAACGCUUGUUAGUAGGAGGGACCCCAUCUCAUCAACAAGGUGACAUUUUCCCUUGAAAUGUCUCACCCAGUACAUAGGCGUGCCCAUUUAAAACAUUCAAAGCAAACAUUGAGCCAACGUUUUACAAGUAAUCUUUUGUCCAGCAUUUGAGAUCCUUGGCAGAUCUUUUCUUCCUCCACACUUGCCUUUGUUACUCCAGAAUGCCUCUGUCUGCUUGUGUUUCUUUGGACAUUUGAUUCAUUCCUUGUGCAUACUAUUACCUGACCUCUGUAGAACACCUUUCCUAUUCUCCCAGGCUUCAAGCUCUUCUAUGGAAUACCUCUUUCCUGCCUACUUUUCCAGACUUACCUCUCAAUGUAAGAUUUUUGCACUUUUGCUGGUCUGGCCUUCAAAUUGCAUUCAUGCCAGUCAGCUGGCCUGUUGAGCUGUCUCCUCCUCUUCUUCCUCAAACCUGCUUUGAUAGAUUCAUUCUUAAGUGUUCACUUUCCCUAGAAUUAUUGCCUAUUGUACUCUUAUUACAUUUAGUAAACAUUAUCUUUCUAUGUAAGUGUCUUGUAACUCAGAGUGUUGGUACCUUGAGUAUAGGGGUCCUGCCCUGCACCUAGGUCAGGACUUAAAACAGGAUAGGUGAUCAAAGAAAAUUUAGUUGAAUAUAUUCAUAACUCCACCAAAAACCAUUUUUAGAGGCAUGGCAGGAUGGGAGGUUGAUUGAUCCUUAUUUCCCCUCUUUGUCCCGUAUAUGCUAGUCUCACUAACAUUUUGUAUGUAGUGAUAAGUUCUGGGUUUGGAGAUAAAGGACCCGGUUUCAAAUUCUGUCUGCCUUGUAUAAGCUGUGUAGCCUUGGACAAGUCACUUAAUUUAUUUUUAUGUAAGUUUCUUCAACUGGCAAAUGGAGUAGGAAUACCUGUCCUAGCCGCACCCCCACCUCCACACACAGUGUUGUAGUGAAAUCCAAAUGAGAUAAUGCUUGUGAAAUAAUUUACCCAUCUGUAAAGCACUGUGUGAGAGAUUAUAAACACUCCUUCCUCAUGUGCCUCCCCCCCCCACACCUUUUAUGCUUUCAUCCUUCUAAGAAGCAGUAGUUUGUGCAUAGGGAUCACCUGGCAUUCUUGCUGUGGCACUCCAUCACAACCCACACAGGAUGCAACAUACAGCUUACGGAUUGACUUCAGUGGGAUGUGAAAGUGGAAAGUGCAUCUAGUUCUCACUAAGAUGCCUUGGCUCAGAUUCAACAAAUGCCAUUUACUUGAAUGCUUCUUAUUUGCUUGUUCUGCUCCCCCCACGCCAAAAUCUUUAUCUAUUUGUCCAUUUAUUCAUUUACUCAUUUAGCGCAAUUGUUUUGAGUGCCUACCAGGGUCAUGAAACAUGUUAGAUUCCCAAGAUAUUCACAUGGUCCUGAGUGUGACAGACACACAAAAACUACUUAUAGUAGAUAUAAGAACUAUAAUAAGAUAUAUAGGAUACACUGUAUACACAGGUAGGAAAAAUCUUUUCUGCGAAGUGAGGGAGUGUGUGUCAUGAAAGGCUUCAAAGGAGGUGCUAGUCUAUCUUGAAAACUGAGUAGGUGAAGAAGGUAGAGGCAAUGCAGGUGAAAGAAACAGCUUAAGAAAAAAAAUCGCCGUGGGAACCAUUGUUAAUUCAGCUUGUAAGAUUAAAUUACCUGUUGUUUGUCAAACCCGGUACCAGUUUAUGGGGUUACAGGGGUCAGUGUAGGCAUCAUGGGGGGUGGAUGGUGAAGUAGCAAAGGAAAACUAGACACAUUAUGAAGAGCCUUGAACAGCCAUUUUACCCUACGCCAGUACAUGUAGAAAAGGGUUGAAAGGAUAUGGGAACCUGCCGCCACCAAUGCCUUGAUUAUUCACUGGAACCCUUUCAACCAGAGAAGGUAGAUACAGUACUGGGCUUUACUGAGGACUGGGUGGCGCUGUCUUUAGGGGCAGGUUAAUAAUAUACACCUAAGUGACAAGAACACUCACGCCCGAGGACAUUAGACUAGUGAAUAGACAAGUGGAAAAAUGUGUCAUCUUAUCAGUAAUUAUAAAGAAGCAAAAAUGUAAACAAAGCGGCACCUAAUAAGGUAGAAGACAAAGUAAAACAUCUACGGCUGUUAGGUAAUGGGGAAGCAGGCGUCUUAGAAAACAAGAAGGGCAAAUGCAAAAACCUCUAAGGCAAGAGUUCGGUGGGGAGUCUACAGGAUUCUUUGUGCUGAAGCGCAAGAGGCACGAGUCACCGCUGCGGUCUCCGGUACCAAAGGGGCGAGGGGUCCCCUAAGGCCGGUGAGUCGGCGUCUCUAGGCAACCGAUCUUCCCGCCCACUCCAGAGUGACUCCCCCCCCCCCGUAAUUGGCUCACGAAUUCACCAAUGGGCGCAAAGGGGAAGCUUCCCGCCACCUCUGGCGCCCGCUUUCAAACAGCCGUACUUUGCAACUGCAGGCGGACUUCUCAACCAAGCUUGAGGAAGGCGGAGACUUCUGCCUCCUCGCCCUGCCCCGAGCAGACACGGCUCCGCCCACCGGGCGAGCUUCUAGUCGGCGAUUGAAGGAGGCAACUGUUCCUUAAGGGCUUCCGCUCCAAGGGUUCGGUUGUGACUAGGAAGGAGCCAGUGGACUAGAGCCAGGGAAGGGGGUUUGCUAGAAGCUGGUCUUCCGCUAGGUCUAGAGUUUCCUCGCGGUAACAGCCUCCGUGGCCUCCGGUGAGUUCUGAUUCACGAGUGGGCUUGGAGCUGGGGUUAGAGGAGUUGCGGGUUCCUCGGGAUCCUAGCUGAGGCUUCCCAGGGGGCGGACCUGCCCCCUCCCCAAAUCCCUCUUUGGUGGACUGCCCGCAGGCUGCGGGCUCAGCUUUUGCCUUUAACGCGUCAUUUAGACCUCUUCAUUCCUCCAAGAUCCUACUUAGAAGUGACAUACAGGAAGCCCGCCUCGUCUCUUCUCCAGGCUGCUGGGGCCGCCCUGAGACCCUACCCUGCGGACCCUGCCUUUGUCACCCUGGCGUCACACCUGGCUCACAGAGGACCAUGUCAUUAGACUUUGGCAGUGUGGCGCUACCGGCACAAAAUGAAGAUGAGGAAUAUGACGAAGAGGACUAUGAAAGGGAGAAAGAGUUGCAGCAGUUACUCACAGACCUUCCCCAUGACAUGCUGGAUGACGACCUCUCCUCUCCUGAGCUCCAUGAUUCGGACUACAGCGAGGAUGGCACAGACAGAGAACCACAUCAUCCUGAGCAAUUAGAGAUGAACUGGAAUGAGCAAGUGCUGCCCAAAUCUCAACGUAUAAAUGACUAUAAUGAAAUUCAGAAUUUAUAUGCUGGAGAAAAAUGUGGGAAUGUCUGGGAAGAAAACAGAAAUAAAACUGAAGACCGACAUCCUGGGUACCACCCUGAAGAAGGUGGAGAUGAAGGCGGAAGUGGUUAUAGUCCUCCAAGUAAAUGUGAACAGACUGAUCUAUAUCACCUUCCUGAAAACUUUAGGCCGUAUACCAAUGGUCAGAAACAGGAAUUUAACAACCAACCAACCAAUAUAAUUAAAUUUUCAGAUCCUCAGUGGAACCAUUUUCAGCAAUUUGGUUCACCACAGGGUCCCAGUUGUCAAGGUUUGGAACCGUAUAAUAAAGUGAUAUAUAAGCCGUAUCAGUCUUCUGCCCCAAACAAUGGCUCACCAGCCCCAGAGAUAACAGGAAGUGACACAUUUGAAGGCCUGCAACAACAAUUUUUAGGAGCUAAUGAGAAAUCUGCAGAAAAUAUGCAGAUUAUUCAACUUCAGGUUCUUAACAAAGCAAAAGAGAGACAACUGGAGAACUUGGUUGAAAAGUUAAAUGAAAGUGAACGUCAAAUUCGAUAUCUGAAUCACCAGCUUCUGAUAAUAAAAGAUGAAAAGGAUGGUUUGACUCUCAGCCUUCGAGAAUCACAGAAACUCUUUCAGGAUGGAAAAGAAAGAGAGAUACAGCUUGAAGCUCAAAUAAAAGCACUGGAGACUCAAAUACAAGCAUUAAAAGUCAAUGAAGAACAGAUGAUCAAGAAGUCCAGAACAACUGAAAUGGCUCUGGAAAGUGUGAAGCAGCAGCUGGUGGACCUGCAUCAUUCUGAAUCACUUCAGCGAGCUAGAGAACAGCAUGAGAGCAUUGUCAUGGGCCUCACAAAGAAGUACGAAGAGCAAGUAUUGUCCUUACAAAAGAAUUUGGAUGCCACAGUUGCUGCACUUAAAGAGCAGGAAGACAUUUGCUCUCAUUUGAAAGAUCAUGUGAAACAACUGGAAAGGAAUCAAGAAGCAAUCAAGUUAGAAAAGACUGAGAUAAUUAACAGGUUGACAAGAAGUCUAGAGGAGAGUCAAAAGCAAUGUGCCCAUUUGUUGCAGUCCGGGUCAGUACAAGAGGCGGCUCAGCUACAAUUCCAGCUGCAGCAAGCACAGAAGGCACAUGCUAUGAGUGAAAACAUGAACAAGGCUUUACAAGAAGAAUUAACAGAACUAAAAGAUGAAAUUUCUCUCUAUGAGUCUGCUGCAAAACUAGGAAUACAUCCAAGUGACUCAGAAGGAGUAUUAAAUAUAGAACUCACUGAAUCAUAUGUGAAUUUGGGUAUUAAAAAGGCCAACUGGAAAAAAUCCAAAGUUAAAAGCAUUGUGCAACACGAAUACCCAAAUGAAGAGCUUUCAAAAGAUGAGUUCAUUCUGAAGUUAAAGGCAGAAGUACAGCGUUUGCUGGGUAGCAACUCAAUGAAGCGUCGUCUGGUGACUCAGUUACAAAAUGAUCUCAAAGACUGUCAUAAGAAAAUUGAAGAUCUCCAACAAGUGAAGGAGGAUGAAAAAAGCAUCGAGGUUGAGACUAAAACAGAUACCUCAGAAAAACAAACGAAUCAAUUAUGGCCAGAGUCUUCUACUCCUAAUACUGUCAGAGAUGAUAUUCUGCUGCUUAAAAAUGAAAUUCAAGUUUUACAACAACAAAAUCAGGAACUUAAAGAAACUGAAGAAAAACUGAGAACUACAAAUCAAGACUUAUGUAAUCAAAUGAGACAAAUGGUACAGGAUUUUGACCAUGAUAAACAAGAAGCUGUGGAUAGGUGUGAGAGGACUUAUCAGCAGCACCAUGAAGCCAUGAAAACUCAAAUACGUGAAAGCCUAUUAGCAAAGCAUGCUUUGGAGAAGCAGCAGCUCUUUGAGGUUUAUGAGAGAACUCACUUGCAACUGAGGUCUGAGUUGGAUAAGGUGAAUAAGGAGAUGAGUGCUGUGCAGGAAUGUUACCUAGAAGUAUGCAGAGAGAAGGAUAAUCUAGAAUCGAUUCUCAGGAAGACCGCUGAAAAAGAGCAACAGGCUCAGGAGAAGAGACAGCUAUUGGAGGAAAGAGAAGAAUAUGUAAGCAAACUGCAGGUGGAACUUGAAGAAAAGUACCAAGAUACACUUAUGAUGGAAAAGAGCAAGUGGCUGAAAGAUCAAGAAGCUGAUAUUAAACAGCAAGUUGAAAAUGAAGUGAUCUCAGCCAAAGCACAUUGGGAUAAGGAACAGAAAGAGAUCAAAGAAAAACUCACUCAACAGCUUGAAAAGGAGUGGCAGUCUAAGCUGGAUCAAACUAUAAAGGCAGUGAAAAAGAAGACCUCAGACUGUGGCAGCCAAACUGACCAAGUAACCACCAGUGAUGUUAUUUCCAAGAAAGAGAUGGCAAUCAUGAUAGAGGAGCAGAAGCACACAAUCCAGCAAAACUUAGAACAAGAGAAGGACAUAGCCAUCAAGGAGGCUGUGAAGAAACUUGAAAUGGAAUUGGAACUAAAAUAUUGUGAAAAUAUUACCAAACAGGUAGAAAUAGCUGUGCAAAAUGCUCGUCAACGAUGGCUGGGAGAACUACCUGAGCUUGCAGAGUAUCAAGCACUUGUGAGGGCAGAACACAAGAAGUGGGAAGAACAGCAUGAGAUCUCUGUGAACAAACGGAUAUUAUUUGCUGUUUCUGAAGCUAAAGAGAAAUGGAAAAGUGAGCUUGAAAAUAGGAAGAAAAAUAUACUUCCUGGAAAGGAAUUGGAAGAGAAGUUUCAUUCUCUUCAGAGGGAACUCAAGUUAAAGAACGAAGAAGUCCCUGUGGUCAUCAGGGCAGAGUUAGCUAAGGCUCGAAGUGAAUGGAACAAAGAAAAGCAAGAAGAAAUCCACAGAAUCCAAGAACGAAAUGAGCAAGAUUACCGGCAAUUUUUAGAUGAUCACCGAAAUAAAAUUAAUGAGGUGCUUGCGGCAGCUAAAGAAGACUUUAUGAAACAAAAAACUGAACUACUUCUUCAGAAGGAGACAGAGUUACAAACAUGUCUAGACCAGAGUCGUAGAGAAUGGACUAUGCAGGAAGCCAAGCGGAUCCAACUGGAAAUCCGUCAGUAUGAGGAAGACAUUCUAACUGUACUCGAGUUUCUUUUAAGGACUCAAAAGGAGCACGUCAAUGAUUCUGAGAACACACAGCUUUUGGAAAUCCUGUCGACUUGUUCUUCAAAAUGGAUGUCUGUGCAGUAUUUUGAAAAACUAAAGGCCUGCAUACAGAAAGCAUUUCAAGAUACACUUUUGCAGCUUACAGAAAACAUCGACCCAGAAUGGGAAAAGAGAAAUAUGUCUGAGCUCGCCAAGGAUUCUGCUCGCCGGGGCACUGGCCAAGGAGACCCUGGACCUACUGCUGGACACCAUGCUCAGCCCUUGGCCUUACAACAAACAGAAGCAGAAGUUGAUAAGAAAAAGAUCCUUGAAAUUAAGGAUUUAUGCUGUGGACACUGCUUCCAAGAACUUGCAAAGGCAAAGCAGGAAUGUCAAGAUCUGAAAGGAAAACUGGAGAAAUGCUGUAGGCAUCUUCAGCAUUUAGAAAGGAAGCACAAAGCUGUAGUGGAAAAAAUUGGAGAAGAGAAUAAUAAAGUUGUUGAAGAAUUAAUAGAAGAAAACAAUGACAUGAAGAAUAAAUUGGAAGAACUGCGGACGCUUUGUAAAACACCACCAAGGUCAUUGUCAGCAGGGGCCAUUGAAAAUGGUUGCCUGCCAUGCAGUGGGGGAGCCUUGGAAGAACUUCGUGGGCAGUACAUUAAAGCUGUAAAAAAAAUUAAACGUGACAUGCUUCGUUAUAUUCAGGAGAGUAAGGAACGUGCCGCAGAAAUGGUAAAAGCAGAGGUACUGCGAGAACGUCAAGAAACCGCCCGAAAGAUGCGCAAAUAUUAUUUGAUUUGCCUCCAACAGAUUUUGCAGGAUGAUGGAAAAGAAGGGGCUGAGAAAAAGAUUAUGAAUGCUGCUAGCAAACUUGCUACAAUGGCAAAAUUGCUGGAAACACCUAUUUCUAGUAAGUCCCACAGCAAAACUACACAGUCAGCUUUGCCUCUAACUUCAGAGAGGCUGAUUGGAGUUGAAAAAUCAAAAAGAAAUGAUGUGAAUCAGAAAAUACCAUGUUAUGAUGAAAGCAAAUCAAACAGUCUAAACACCAUCACGAGAGGUGUAUGCGAACAAGUUCCCAAGAGGAGGGCUGCUUGUAACUUACAAAGGCUGUUAGAGAACUCAGAGCAUGGGAGCAGAAAGCAUGUGGGAUCCAAAGAGACACAUUUGGAAUUCCAGUUUGGGGAUAGUAGUUGCAAGCACCUAAACAGUUUGCCAAGGAAAGCUUCUCAUGAGUUUGUUCCUUGCGAAGGUGAAGGAGGCUUUGGUUUGCACAAGAAGAAACACCUACUCACAGAUAAUGGUUCUGAAUCACUUCUGCAUUCAGCUGCAUACCCCUUUCUUGGAACUUUAGGAAGUAAACCCUCUCUUAGAUGUACCCCUAGUCCUUCUGAAUCAGGAUGCAUGAAUAUAAUCUUUCAUGAUCCGAAUGAAAGACUUGGUUUAAAAGUACAUAAAUGCAGUCUACCAAUGGAAAGUGAAAAUGUGGCGUCGGAGAAAAGUCAAGGUUUGGGUGUUCAGGAACCUCCAGUAAGAGAUGGAGGGGACCUUAGCAACUCCUUGGGCUGGCCUUCCAGCAGUGCAGCUUUACCAGUUGACAGCCAUCAAGCGUCAUUUGUAUGUAGUAGGCCACAAGGAACUUUGGAAAUACCAACUGAAUCUGUUAAUUCUAAACAAUUUUCACCAUCCAGUUGUCUUUCAGACACAGAGAAUAGUAAUAUGAUUUGUCAAACAAUGAAGUGUAAGCGUGAUCAAACUCCAUACCUGUCAGAAGAAACCACGUAUUUGCAGCCAGGAGAAAUCAGUGUGACUCAUGGACAUCCAUCUCAUCAUAAGGCUAAUAUAUUAAAGUCAGAUUUCGAAAAACUGAGCAGUACAUUACCAUCUUCAGUGUGUCAGCAGCCUUCAAGAAAAUUAAUCGUUCCACUAUCUAGCCAACAAGAUAGUGGCUUUGAUAGCCCAUUUGUUAAUUUAGACUAAUUGUGGUACGGUAUUUAAGAAGAAUCGUUAAUAUAUUAAAAAGAAAAUGGAAAGAGAAGACUUCAUACUGAAAAAAACAAUUGUGAGCCCUGCCUCUUGUGAGAUGUUUUAAUAACAUCUGUUAUAUGAGUAAAGCGUUCUCCUAAAAUUACUUGAGAUAUUUAUGUUUCCUUAAUAUUCCAAAGGCCGGAUGGUGUAUGUAUAAUCGGCUUUUGUGUGGUGCAUUUUUGCUUGCUAAACCAUCUAUUUUUAUACUCAUAAACUGACUCACUCUUCAGUGUUAAAUUAUUUAAAUAAACUUGCAUAUGGUCUGUAGAA